CGUGUGACUGGAUUCAAUCAGUACAGCAGCGUUGCGGUAACGACGGUAUACGUGUAACUUGUGUGUGAACUGUGGGUGAAAGUGUGUGUGACGACGAAUGGCGGCGGACUGAUUUCAGUUGGUGUAACUUUUAACUUUAGCGUUAGUCAGCGGAUUUCAGAGGCCGAGGGAGAGCGCCACGCUGCGUCCCGUUUAACGGCACCCGCGUGAGCUAACUGACGCAACUCCUCGUCUUAUAGCCACUGGGACUAGGUGUGUUAAUUAUCCAGCAGGCACGUGAUGCGUUCAUGAACCGAUCGGUGUCAACAAACCGACUCCACCGGCGUCAAACCGUGUCGGUGUGUUAGCACGACGGGAGCAGCACUCUGCUAAAGCUAGCUGCCGGCUGCGUGCAGGGGGGAGUCUAACCCAAAACAACAGUCAGCUCUCAUGAACGUGGCUCGUGUGUAAAACCCGGCGGCUGUGUCCCGAUGGCUACAGAUAUUGUUGCACAGUUGGCCAACUCUCUGGCUAAGACUGGAGUAGAGGAAGUAGAGCUGAGCUACAAAGGCCAGGGGAAAAAGCUGGAUGAUGCCCAGUCAGUGGAGGAGAUGGUUAAGGAGAUCCAGGACUUUGAGGAUUUACAGGCACUGAGGUUAGAGGGAAACACUGUCGGGGUGGAGGCAGCCAAGGCCAUCGCCAAGGCCCUCGAGACAAAGAGCAAGUUUAAGCGCUGUUAUUGGAGUGACAUGUUCACAGGACGCCUGCGCUCUGAGAUCCCACCUGCCUUGAACUCACUGGGUGACGCUCUGAUGCUGGCAGGGGCCAAGCUGACUGUUUUGGACCUUAGUGACAACGCCUUUGGACCAGAUGGGGUGAAGGGCAUUGAGAGGUUGCUCAAGAGCACAGCCUGCUACACUUUGCAGGAGUUGCGGCUCAACAACUGUGGCAUGGGCAUCGGAGGGGGGAAGAUCUUGGCUGCUUCUUUGAUCCAGUGCCAUAAAAACUCCAGUGCAGAGGGAACCCCCCUCGGCCUGAAGGUGUUUGUUGCAGGGAGGAACCGCCUAGAGAACGAUGGAGCCACUGCCCUCGCUCAAGCCUUCCAGUUGAUGGGUAGCCUGGAGGAGGUUCACAUGCCUCAGAAUGGCAUCAAUCACCCUGGUGUGACAGCUCUGGCCAAAGCCAUGCAGCACAACGCAGGCCUGCGCAUCCUCAACCUCAACGACAACACCUUCACCGAGAAGGGGGCUUUCGCCAUGGCUCAGGCCCUGAAACACCUCCGCAGCAUCCAAGUGAUAAACUUUGGAGACUGUCUGGUGCGGCCAGCGGGAGCCAUAGCUAUUGCAGGAACUGUAUCAGAGGGACUACCAAUCCUCAAGGAACUCAAUCUGUCAUUUGGCGAGAUCACGGAAGAGGCAGCUCUGACUGUGGCACAAGCGGUAAAGGACAAGGACCAGCUAGAGAAACUGGAUCUAAAUGGUAACAGCCUCGGAGAGGAUGGCUGCAAAGCUCUGAAAGACGCUAUGGAAGCCAUGAACAUUGGCGAGCUUCUCGGGUCGCUCAGUGACGACGAGGGUGAGCCGGAAGAUGAUGAAGAUGAUGAUGACGAUGACGACCACGACGACGACGAGGAAGAAGACGACGAGGAUGUGGAUGUGGAUGAAGAGGAAAUAGAGGAGGAAGAGGAAGAAGAGGAGGAAGAGGAAAGCAAUGGCAACAAGUUGUCCACCCCUGUAGCAGCAUCCCGGCCGCCAGAUGUAUCCUCCUUCCUCAGCUUUCCGUCCCCAGACAAACUGCUCAAACUGGGGGCCAUGAGAGCGAUGCUGAUCGAGCAGCAGGUGGAUGUUUCAGAUGCGACAAAAACAGCUGAAGCCUUCCUCAAGAUUGCAUCUGUGUACAAGGAGGAUAAUGAUGAUGUGAAGAAUGCCGUAUUGGACAGCAUUGAUGCCCUUCUGAAGAAAGCUUUUUCCACUCCGUCUUUCCAAGGCUGCAACUUUGUAUCAACUUUGUUAGUGCUGCUCGGACUUAUCAAGAGUGAGGACAAGGUGAAGCCUGUGCUCGUGGUUCGCGGCCACCUCAACGCCUUGGAGCACGUUGCUAGCCAGGACUACUUUCCCAAAGAGUACGUGGAUGUGCUUGCGGUCUUCCUGUCCCGGUAAGGACGUGACAGAUUGAGCCAAUCAGCAGGCAGCUUCCAGAAACCCCAAGGCUUUGGAGUCAUGUGGUAAUGCUAGAAACAGCCUCCUGUCAACACUGCAGAGAGUCAGAUCUGAGGACUGUGGACACACACACACACACACACACACACACACACACAGAGACAAACUGAACUUUGACUGAUCACUGAUGGACCUUUGGAAACCAGCACACAUGAGCUCACAUUUUCAGCAAAUAAAGCUGAGCAGCUCUUGAGAAGAACAGACCCGCUCACUCCUCUUCAUCCCUGCUGUCCUUCCUUCACAGGUUCAGCAACAAACUUCUUUCUGGACUCUGGACUGGGCUUAAAUGCUUUGUAUUUCAAAGUAGACUACGCUCUUAUGGUGUGGACUACUUGAAGUGCUUUGUGUACACUUGUAUCACCACAGAACAGCACUGACAACUUGGUCUUCUUGAUCUCUGUAUUCUGGUGAAUAAGAUCUGUGUGUCCUGUUUAGAGACGCCUGACUGACCAACGCACAGAUUACACUUUGGUGUAAAAAAAGCGCUUACCAGAAAGGAUCCGGGCUCUACGUUUCAGUUAUUGCACAUUUUAUUCUAUAUUUCAUAUAUACCUUUUUACUAUUCUGUUUUGGUAUUCAAUGUUUAUUGGAUAUGAUAAUGUGGUCAAACAUUGGCAUUAUUUAAAUAUAUAUUAACGAUAAAUAUGGUUACAAAAACUAAGACUGCAAAAUAUAAUAGAACAAUCAAAAGGGAUGAAAUGAAAUGUGUGCAAAUGUGUUUUUUGCCUUUUUAAAUGGGGCACAAGGUGCAAAGUUUGGGGAUUUGUGUUGCAAAAUAAAGCUAGUUUGAGUGUUCGA